AUGGUCGCCAAGAAGAAAAAUUUCGCAGAUUUCUCACAUGCCGAUUUUGCCCGAAUCUUCACAGAGAGCGGACCCGAAGACAUCCAGAAAAUUGCAUUUAACUUGAUAAGAAAAUUGCGCAAAGGAAAUAAAAAUACGCUCUCAUGCCUCUCCACUCUACUCCAUUUUACUCACGAAACAAAGGGAAUCAUCGAGCCGAAAGAAAUUGAAAUAUUAGCAGAAAGACUUCUUGUCGAGUACCAAUACACUAAUGCUAUCAAUCAAUGUCUUGAUUUGUUCGAGUUUGCCGUUGGAAUAGUUGAGAUUUAUCCGGAAACGUUUGUAUGCGUUGUGGAAAGGAUGACCGAUAAGACUCAUCUCUACGUCAACACUCUGAAGAAAACGCGUCAAAUCGUUGCUCUUUUGCCUCAAGUGGUCAAGUUUGGAAUUCAAGUGAAGAGAAAGACCUUCCACAACUUGAUGGUACCAGUGUACAAACAUCUCGCUGAUUUCUCCGUUAAUGAUCUCUACAAUUUGGCCGACUACCUCACCUUGCUUCUUGUGCAAAUCAACAAACGUGAGAAUUCACAUGGUAUUCAGCUGUACGACAUGCUUCGUCUCAAGAAAGUGAAUCCUUACCUGAGCAAUCUCUAUAUGGAUCUAUCGGCCGCCUCCACAAACAACGACUCGACGCAAAAAUCUGACAAUGACAAACUUCGAUGUAUGAUCAACCGUUACUUUUGUGCGUUCCUUGCUUCAUUUCCCGAGUGCACCGAUCCGCUUAUUGAAGGCCAACGACCGUUAAUUGAUUCGCUGCGCCGUGGGCUUUUCUAUAUGGCUCUGGAUCUCUUUACUAACGCGGCUAGUGGGCAGAAAGAGUCAUCUUCGUCAGUUGUUGGAGAAGCUCUAAAGAUGUUGGCCUACUUUGUGUUUCCGAUGCCUGCUCACUUUGCUUUCACUGAUGAACGAUUUCAUGCUUUGCUUCGAAAUGCGAUGUUCAAUACAAACGAGGAGACACGAAAAUUAGCAGUGCUUAUGGCCGUCUCUUUGGUUCACGCAGCUUGGCUUUAUGUUCAUUCCGAAUUACCGGUUGAUGAAUCUCCAUUUGACUGGCUUCGUGACGAGCACCCGGAAUUGCUAUUCGAUCUUGCCAAUCUUCUCCAAGGCAUUGUGGCGGCUAUCCCUUGCACAGCAUUGCCAUUCCGUGAAAAAUUGAUCGAAGUGGUAAGCCUUUAUGCGAUGGAAGACGACAAGGGAGAUUUAAUACCGUACUUGAAACAAGCUGGGGUCGAGAAGUUGGCAGAGUCGAUCAACGGCAUGGAACUUACCAAAAAUGAAGAGUUGUAUCUGAAUGUGCUUUUCGACACCUUGUGCUCAGCAAAG